AUGGUUGAAACGACAAAGGCUGUUGAGCACAGCAUCGUCGUCUGCGCCGGCGACUACUGCGGCCCAGAGGUGAUUGCAGAAGGCCUCAAGGUCCUGCAUGAGAUUGCAUCGCAUUACCCUCAUGUCCAGCUCAACAUCAAACAUCAUUUGAUCGGUGGGGCCGCGUGGGAUGAACAUGGAGUGAACAUAACCGAAGAAGCGCUUGGAGAUGCUGCGUCUGCGAGCGCGACGCUGGUGGGAGCAGUGGGAGGCCCGAAAUGGCAAGCCGUCCAGCCUGGCGUCGAAUGGGGACUAGGUCGGCUGCGCAAGAAACUCGACGCUUUUGGGAACCUUCGACCCAUCGAGCUCGUCGCCCCGUCUUUGUUGGAAUGCUCGUCGCUCAAGCCAGAAGUGUGCAGAGGCACGAACAUCCUCAUCAUUCGUGAGUUGACGGGGGGUGUUUACUUUGGGGAGAGACGGGAAUACAGCGAGUCGAACGACACGGCGUACGAUAUGGACUCCUACUCGCGCGAGGAGAUUGUGCGGGUUGCACGACUUGCUGGAAGCCUGGCUAGCAAACACGAGCCUCCUCUCCAACUGACGAGCGUCGACAAAGCCAACGUGCUGGCGGCAUGUGGUCGUAUGUGGCGUCGUGUCGUGACGCAGACCAUUGAGUCGGAAUUCCCGACAGUCAAACUUCGACAUCUUCUAGUCGACACCGCUGCCAUGGAACUGGUCUCGCACCCGACGCAGUUGAACGGCGUCUUGUUGACGAGUAACAUGUUCGGAGACAUCCUGAGCGAUGAGGCCAGCGCAAUUGUCGGAAGCAUUGGCUUGCUGCCCAGCGCCAGCCUCUCGGCCCUACCGACGGACGCAGGCGAUGGCGUUCGUGGGUUGUAUGAGCCCAUACACGGCUCUGCUCCAGAUCUUCACAAUAAGGGCACCGUCAACCCUAUCGGCACCAUCUUGGCAGUCGCUAUGAUGUGCAGGUUCUCGUUGGGACUUGAGGCAGCUGCAAAGGCCAUUGAGACUGCUGUGCGAGACACACUUGAAGCCGGCAUCCGUACACCUGAUCUGCGUGGCUCUUCAAGCACAAGUGAAGUGGGUGAUGCCGUGGUCGCGGCUUUGAAGCGGGCGGAUUUCCAUGCUGAAUAG